CGGUUCAGGAUCUUUAUUUUUCUCUACUGAGAUGACUAAGCCUAGUUCCUGACAUGUGUGCAAUAGAGUUCAGAACAUUUUGGGUGUUGGUAUACCCAUUGGUGUAGAUCAGUAUAUCAUCUGCAUAGCUAAUGUGUUCGCUGGGCCUUCCGGUUACGGACGGACCGAAACGACGUCGUCUCUUCAUCUUCUGGUGUGUCAUCAGCCACGUUAUUGUGACUCAUCUUCUGCAUACGAUUUUAUGUUCCGUUCUGACAUAUAGCUUUUCUAAGGUCAGGGUUGUGUUCGGCAGACCUCCACACAUCUAUAUAUGCUUGAUAGACAAUGUCGUCUAUAUGUAUAGAUGCCAUCUAUAGGUAACGUAUAUCUAAUAGAUAUAUUAGUACAUUGUAUAUCUGUACACUGUAUUUACGGUGUAUGGCAGACGUUAGUUUUCAUUGCAGACCUGAAGCCUUAUGCGACCUAGGGCUUCAGUGGCUUUACUUUGUUAUGCUAAGGCACGUUUUUACAAUGUUAAAUAUUUUGAAAAAUUCUUAAUUUGUUUAUUGUGAAUAUAAAAUCAUCUAUAAAAAUGGCAUUACAGUUACGCUGACAUUAAAUUCUACAAUAUUUAACACUGAAGAAUCCCUACAAGGGCGAUGGUGGGUGGAGGGUGUGAAGCCUAGCUGCUGCUCCCAGUCACCCCGGGGACACGCGGCCUCUCGCGUCUCACUCCUCCACAGCAAACAUUUCACAGCUCAAACGUCGUCGUUUCUUCGUUUUCUUAUGUGUGGUUUGGUCACAGAUCAAACAUAAAAAAUAUAUUGGUAGUUCUGAAAUUUUAUUUGAGAAUAAGAUAAUAUUCACAAGGGUCUCAAAUGCACGAUCGUUUAAAUAAUAAUAAUAAAUUGUCACUGAAAUAUAUCUGCGUUAAUUUGUGAGCUGAAAGCGAUUUUUCCCUCUGGAGACACCCCCUGUGGUUAAAACAAUGUGUUCUGCCUGGAGGAAGAUGCCCAUACUCCUUCUUGCAACAGUUUUGUGCUCUACACCCAGCUUACUAGUGGGCUAUGAAUACCCGUGGGUGGUGGGCCAGGGGGUGCGGGCGGCAGAGAGGCGACCCCCGCGGUACAAUAUCACUGCUGUGCUGGCUGGCAAGACCAAGGAGGCGCUGGAGGGUCCCAGGCUGGUGUCUCGUCAGUUCUCUCGUCUCGUCGUGUCCUCCGGCUCAUCCGUCACACUCAACUGUACCAUAGAAGAUGCUGGAGACGUCUCGGUAACGUGGACCCGAGACAAGGUGGUCUUGACGGUGGACAGGCUCCGAUAUACGAGGGACGAGCGGGUGAGUGCUCUUCACGAGAGUGGGUCACGAGACCAUGGCCUGCGCUUCGCCCGUGUCCAACCACGUGACUCUGGUGUCUUUAGGUGUCAUGUUGACACACACCCCGAGCAAGUGGCUGAGGUCAAGCUCAUAGUCAUAGACGCUUACUCUGUGAUCUUUGGAUCGUCUGAGGUGUCGGUGGCUGAGGGAGCAACACUGUACCUGCUGUGUAUGGUGCUGCAGGUCAGUGAUGUACCGGAGUACAUCCUCUGGUAUCAUAACACUAACGUUGUUGACUACUCCAGAAAGAGCAUCUCGGUAAAGACAGAUGAAGAGACCAGAUCAAGUGAGCUACAAGUCCGGAACAUCAAUCAUACUGACGCAGGAAAUUACACUUGUGAACCUUCCAAUGCCACACCAGCCUUUGUUUCAAUUGCAGUAUUUAAGGAUACCAACAAGAAAUCUGGACCACCUCAAAAGUGUGAUGACUGUGUAUUAUUUAUUCAACUUGGAGCAACGUUUGCUUUCUUCACACUAAGCUUUGUAGUUGCCUUGUGUAUACACAGUCGUGAUCACAGGUCUGAACCUUGGAUACACCCUCUUUCAGAGGACCUCUAUUUUUCAACAGGUGUUGACAAAUCUCUGUAAGAGGCUCCAGAUCAGCAUAUUGGAACUCAAGAAAUGUAACUGGGAAGAGGAAGGGGGAGAGGGAAGAACAGUAGUGGGAGAAAAUCUGGGAAGAGCGGUAGAAAGAAGA